GGAGGAGGAGGCGCCUGGACGACUCCAGAAGGGAGGGAGCCGCCGCCGCUGCAGCCGCCGCCGCCGCCCGAAACGCGGCCAGCCGCUUUCGCCUUCAGGCGGCAACAUCGCGACAACGCGCCUGAGGUGCCUGUUGCAACUCGCGUCUCUCCCUGCAAAAGGGGCUCCAGCCGAGGCCGAUGGAGGAUUCCGACAACCGAACCGAAGUGGUCCUGCUGGCGUGCGGCUCCUUCAAUCCCAUCACCAACAUGCACCUCCGGCUUUUCGAACUGGCAAGAGAUCACCUGCAAGAAACAGGAAAAUACAAAGUGGUCAAAGGGAUCAUUUCGCCCGUGGGGGAUGCCUACUUGAAGAAGGGCCUGAUCAGCGCCAGUCACCGGGUAGCCAUGGCAAGAUUGGCAGCAGAAAACUCGGACUGGCUGGAAGUCGACGACUGGGAAAGCAACCAAAAGGAGUGGCAAGAAACCGUCAAGGUCCUCAGAUAUCACCACCAGAAGUUGAAGCAUUCCUAUUCUGCCAACAGCGUGGAAGAUGCUCGCCUUCCAAACAGAGCAAGCCGGAAGAGAAAGAGGCCAGCAGGGAGCCAACUCCCCGUUAGAAUGAAUCAACCCAAACGAAAAUGCCUCCCUCAGCUGAAGAUUCUGUGUGGAACAGAUGUUCUGGAGUCCUUCGCAGUGCCCAGUCUCUGGAAACCGGAAGAUAUCCAGGAAAUCGUUUCCAAGCAUGGCAUGGUUUGCGUUACCAGGCUGGGGAACCACGCCCAGAAGUUCAUCUACGAGUCGGACACGCUGUGGAAGCACAAGGAGAACAUCGACCUGGUGGAGGAGUGGAUCACCAACGACAUCUCGGCCACCAAGAUACGGAGAGCCCUCAGGAGGGGCCAGAGCAUACGGUACCUGGUGCCCGACUUGGUCCAGUCUUACAUCAAGCAGCACAACCUGUACACUGCGGAGACCGAAGACCAGAACGCGGGGAUGAUCCUAGCUCCUUUGCAGAAAUACGCCCGGGAGCCCGUCAAAGAUUGAUUGGCAGAAGGAUGGAGAAGGGAGAGAGAGCAGGGAAUAGGGGCAGAUUGGAAAGCUAGCUGUGGUUUUAGCGGCUGUCUCUUCCUUCGUAGAAUCCCAUUGCGUGCCCGGUUUGAAUUUUGCCAAGUGACUCGGCUUGCCGGCUCAAAUAACCGCAGACUGGUUUGUUUGUGACUUGCAGAAAAAAAAAACUGGCGAACUCAACGCUGAGCCUUCUGCAAAUGAAAUAAAGGAGGUUCCCUGAGUGGCAGCAACUCGACCCCUCGGCCGGUUUCCAAGCUCUUGCUUUCCAUCGCGGAGAUUUGGAGCUGGCUGAAAAACACCGUUUGGCAACCAGCUUUGGUGUCCGGCUCUGGUUUCAAACAGAACUGGUGCAUCUGGGAAGCCGCAGAUACGGCUCGGCUUUGAAUCGAUGGCUGACGCCUCCGCGUGGCGGUUUGUAUGUGAGUCUGAGGCCUGCUUCUCAUUUCUUAGCCCUGAUGAUGCCCUUGCUCCAGUUUUGGGAGGUGGUGAGAGACAGGAGCUCCGAAAAAAGUGGAGGCUGCUAUUAAACGGGCCGGAUUCUUCCCCUAAAAAUGAACUUACAUGAAGGCCGAUAUCUUCAGAGAAUUAUUAUUAUUAUUCUUACUAUUUUUUACUCUGAUGAGUCCUACCUCGCCCGGCUUUCUUUGUACCGCAGUCUGGCUCACUUGAAAUACACUGUUCGGGGUCUGGAAGUGGAUCCCACCUUAAAGUGCCUUUUUGAUGAACGCACUGAAGUACUUUCUUAGGUGUAAAUAUGAGCCAUCAUUGUUAAACCACAUGGACAUUUCAGAUCCACCAUGCCUGCUAAGGUGACCUCAGAAUGUAACGUUUUAAAAUGCUGGAUCUGUCAUUAAAGAACCAUUUAGCUGUGCUGGAUGGUUCAUACACUUACAUCCAAAAAACUACAACUACCCUCUUCCACUCGGAUAACAAACACUAGGUGAACCUUCACGAUGGCAUGCUAGUUUUCUACAAGCAUAGAUUUUUGUUGAAAUUGUGGUUAGAGCAUCCAAUCAUGUAAGCCACGCAGAUGGAUCGUGUCGAGGAGUUUAUUUUGGCCAUCAGGAAGGUAAAACUCCUUUGCAGCCCAAAGGUGGUCUAUCCUGCGUGGCCAGUGGCAGACCAUAGUUGUUUCAGAUCUCCGUAAACCACCAAACCUGGUUUGCCUUCCAUAGUUUCCACUCAGCAGCUCAUUGUAGAUAUAUAUAUAUAUGUAUAUAGGUAGGUAGGUCGGUCUUGGCAUUUUUGGGUCUUUUCCCGUGUAAGGUUGAGAGUAUCUUGGCAGAGUAUCUUGGGAAAAGACCCGAAAAUGCCAAGACCUACAUACCUAUACCUGUGAAAACCUACAAAAACAUACACACACACGCACAUAUAUAUAUAUAUACACACUGAGGUUUUUGCGGGUGUUUGUAUGUAGGUCUUUGGUUAUUCGGGUUUUCUCCCGCGUAAAAUUGGAAGUGUCUUGGCGACGUUUCGACGAAGUCUCAUUCGUCAUCUUCAGGCUUCAGCUUCGUGCUUCUGGGAGCAA